CAUGCUUUCUUUCUCUCUGUUUCAGAAUUUCGUCUCAGCGAAACACUCCAAAAUCAAACGCCGAUCCUCAUCAAAAAUCCAGUGGUGAGUCUCUCUUCUCUUCUCUAGGCCCAUAAAAAAAUUUCAUUCUUUUUCUUCAUCUCAAUAAAAAUACUAUCAGAUAUCAAUCAAUCAAUCAAACAAUCUCUAUUUUUUACAAUUCGUAUAUAACAUGGGUUGCACUGUAAGAGAGAAGCACAUGCGAGCGAAUCGUAGGACCCGAUCGCUUAAACCCGAAUUUGAUCCCUGUGCUUACAUAGAUAGAGCAUCAAUCUCGAAAUCUAUAUUUGAUUCGGGUAUUAAAUCAUUGAAAUAUCAUCUGGGUCAUCUGGGUCUCAAGGAUUCGACCCAGAACCACAAUUCUUGUAAUAACAACCCCAAUACCCAAGAAGAUAACGGGUGGGGUUACUGCACUGAGGAACAAUUAGAGGAAAUUCUGUUGAAAAACUUGGAGUUUUUGUAUAAUGAAGCUAUAUCUAAGCUUGUUGCAUUGGGUUAUGAUGAGGAUGUUGCCCUCAAAGCCAUAUUGCGAAACGGGUAUUGCUAUGGGGGCAUGGAUGUAUUGACAAACAUAUUGCAUAACUCUUUGGCUUAUUUGAAUUGUAGUGUUAGUAGUAAUUGUGGUGCUGGUGGUGGUGAUUGUGAUGGUGAUGGUGAUGGGAAUUCAGAUGAGUCUGAACCCGUUUUCACUGAUUUGAGACAGUUGGAGGAGUACUCCCUUGCGGGUAUGGUUUCUUUGUUGCAACAGGUUAAACCGCAUUUGAGUAAGGGUGAUGCCAUGUGGUGUUUGCUUAUGAGUGAUCUUCAUGUGGGUCGGGCGAGUAGUAUUGAAAUCCCGGUGCUUCCUUCAAAUAUGAGCAAUGGGUGUGUUAGUAGUAGUAGUAGUAGUACUAUGGUGUCUAGUGCUGUUGAGAGUGUUGGUAGUCAUUCGGUUGGUGUUGUGACCCCGGCGCUUUGUAGGUUUCAUGGUGGCUGGGGUUUUGGGAGUGGGGGAGGGUCAGAGUUUCCAGUUAAUGGGUUUUUUACGUGUGGGGCAGAGGUGACUUUGCAGAGAGAUAUUGACUGUCCAAAAAGGUUUAACCUUUCUCCUUCGAUGAAGUCAUUGUUGAAAAGGAAUGUUGCCAUGUUUGCUGCUGGUUUCAGGGCAAACUCAAAACAGUUGCAGCCACGGUCUCAAGCUUGUCCGAGUGCUUUGUCACGUGGGGGUGCCCAGGCUGUAUUGGGGGCUGAAGUUCCAGUUGAGCAGAGUCAGGAGUCUUUGUGUUUGAAGAACCAAGAGGUUGUAAACUCAGUUAUGAGUAAAUUCCGUGAUCUGAAACUUGAUGAGAGUUGGGAUUCUGUGGCAGAAGAUCAGAAGGAUGAGAUGAUAGUGACUCUGCUUCAUCAGGUUAAGGAUUUUGAGAGACAAGUGAAGGAGCGGAAGGAGUGGGCUCACCAGAAGGCAAUGCAAGCUGCAAGAAAGCUUUGCCAUGAUCUGAAUGAGCUUAAGAUGUUGAGAAUGGAAAGGGAGGAGACUCAAAGGUUGAAGAAAGGGAAACAGACUCUUGAGGACUCAACCAUGAAGAGACUAUCAGAGAUGGAGAAUGCUUUGAGAAAGGCUAGUGGUCAAGUGGACCGGGCAAAUGCAGCUGUGAGACGACUUGAGACUGAGAAUGCAGAACUCAGAGCUGAAAAGGAGGCUUCGAAAUUAAGUGCAUCAGAGUCAGUUACGACAUGUUUGGAGGUUGCAAAGAGGGAGAAGAAGUGCCUGAAGAAGCUUUUAGCUUGGGAAAAACAGAAAAGUAAGUUGCAGGAGGAGAUUGAAGAUGAGAAAGAAAAGAUUAAGGAAUUGCAGCAACAGCUGGUUCGGAUCAAACAGGCUCAGAAAGAAUUUGAGCUAAAGUGGAGGCAGGAGUUGAAUGCCAAAGAACUAGCCUCAGCACAAGUGGAGGAGGAACGACGCUCCAAGGAAGCAGCUGAGGCUAGUAACAAAAGGAAACUUGAGGCUUUGCGCCUAAAGAUAGAAAUAGACUUCCAGCGGCACAAGGAUGAUCUUCAAAGACUUGAGCAAGAACUUUCACAUCUAAGAGCGUCUUCUCAAUUCACUGAGUCGCACCAUGCAUCAGAUACAGUGUCCACAGAACACAAUGAGGGCAUAAAACCACAAGGAGAAUCCAUUGCUAAGCUGCUUCAUGAAUUAUAUUGUUUGGAGGAUUCUUCAGAGCAAGAAGUCAAUGGUGAUCGGGAAUGCAUAAUUUGUACGAAAGAUGAAGCCUCUAUUGUUUUCUUGCCGUGUGCUCACCAAGUUCUAUGUGCUAAUUGCAGUGAUAACUAUGAGAAAAAGGGUAAAGCUACUUGUCCAAGCUGCAGGGUUCCGAUUGAACAAAGAAUCCGUGUUUUUGGUGCAAGUUCAUAGUUUAUUCGGUUUGAGUUGUGAUUUGAAAAUGGAAAAUAAUUGUAAGAGCAUUACAAAAAGGAACAUCUUUGCAUGCUUGUUUCUUUAUUUUUCUUCUUGUAAUUUUUUGGGUGCUAUAUAGGUGGUUACACUUGUAACCUUUCAAAAAUGGGCAAUAAAUUCUAUGUUGUGUGGUUCGGCAUUUUACAAUCAA